UAAUGUUAUCUUUAUAAAAAGUGUAACUUUAAAAGCUUGUUAAUGAUAAUCGUAAUUUUUUUAGUUAAUAUUACAAAACGAGUUUUAAAUAUUUUAUAUUUUUAAAAUGGUGGAUUAAAAGCAUUCAUUUGUUAUUAAUCCUUAACUACAAAGUUUGUUGGUUUGAAUGAUGUUUGACGACCCGACUCCAACAGCCGUCUCCAAUGAAUCCACGCCAUACAUUAGUGAUGUCCACAAUUUCUACGUAACAUUCUACGAUGUCGCUAAAGACAACUACAUUAACCAAACUGGAAACUCCACUGAGGUAUACCAAUCGUUUAUACUACCAUGGUGGCGGCAAGUACUAUGGACGGUGCUGUUCGGUGGUAUGGUUGUGGUGGCCACCGUCGGCAACCUCGUCGUCAUCUGGAUUGUACUCGCUAACAAGCGAAUGAGAAGCGUUACCAACUACUUCUUGGUGAAUCUGUCAGUCGCCGAUGCUAUGGUGUCAACACUGAACGUGACCUUCAACUUUACGUACAUGUUGUACUCGGACUGGCCAUUCGGACACUUCUAUUGCAAAUUCAAUCAAUUUAUUGCCGUCGUCAGUAUAUCCGCUUCUGUAUUCACGUUAAUGGCUAUAAGUAUAGACAGGUACGUAGCAAUUAUGAGUCCCCUGCGCCCUCGGCUGGGGAAGCGAGCGACCCUGGGCAUAGCUGCUGCGAUAUGGGCCGGCAGCUCUGUACUCAGUAGUCCCAACAUUGUAUUCUUUACCACGGAAAUGGAUACACUGCCAGAUGGUAGCACAAGACGCGUGUGUUUCGCUGAAUGGCCAGACGGAAUGACAACCAGAUCCCUGCAGGAAUACGUAUAUAACGUGGCCUUCAUGGUAUUGACAUAUUUUCUUCCAAUUAUUUCGAUGACGUACACAUAUGCGCGGGUCGGCGUCGAGCUGUGGGGGUCUCAGUCUAUUGGGGAAUGUACUCAGCGACAACUCGACAACGUCAAGAGCAAGCGAAGGGUGGUGAAAAUGAUGAUAGUCGUCGUUGUAAUUUUCGCUGUCUGCUGGCUCCCAUUUCACGUGUACUUCCUGGUGACGUCGUACUAUCCGGAAGUUGUCAACUACCCUCACAUUCAGGAGAUAUAUCUGGGCAUCUAUUGGCUGGCUAUGAGCAACUCAAUGUAUAAUCCAAUCAUUUACUGCUGGAUGAAUUCAAAAUUCCGUAGAGGAUUUAAGCAGUUCUUUUGGUGUUGUGGUGCUUUUGGCAAUGGUGGUCUGAGCAGACACAGAGCUUUUGGUCCGGAUCACUUGGAUAGGUCACUUCGUUCUCUUUCACCGAGUCGAAAAAAUGGAACAAGUACUAUCAGAAUCUCCAUGCACAGCACGUACAAUAAUACGUUGCUGAGCAGCGCCUGACAUAGGCGCGGCGCGUCCGGUUCGCACGGCGACUGCGGGCAUAAUGACGCGCUGCAUCCCAAUCCCAACGUGGAGCGGACAUGGAUAUGACGUAAGCCGAGCGCCCCGCGCCCCGCCCCCACCCCGCACGAUCUCUAUGGUUAAAAUGAACCAAUCAUAAUGCGUAGUAUAAGUUUUAAAUAACCGUCACCGUCAUCCAAAUUCCGUUGAACACAAUGUUUUAAGGAUUUUAAUUUUAAUUUAUGCAUUUGAAAGGACCAAGCUUGGUAUUUUUAAAUAUCAUUUUAGUCGUGAACACUUAUCCUAAAAAAGUAACAUGUGGUCUAAAUAAAGUCGUUGGUGGUAUACUUAAUACCACUAACGACUUUAUUUAGACCACACAGUGUCAGUAAAAAUUGUAAAUAUUCAAUGUUAUAUUACUUAUAUCAUUCUAAUUAAGCCAAAGAUAACUCUACUUAAAUAUUUUG